UCUUAUUUUGAAAGGAAGUUGAUGUGGACUUUCGCGCUGACUGUACGCAACUCGGACUCGCAUUAGAUAUUUUACUAUUUGUAGAUGWAUACCUAGCUAGCUAGUUAURGACAGAGAAGAGCACAUGUUCGGUGGUUCGUUCUAUAGCUCGUAGUGUAUUAUAACAUGUGGACACUGAACCCUUUAGAAUCCGGAGGUGUCACCCACUACCUCCUGCCAGAUAAGGAGUAUGUGGUGGGGCGUAAGAACUGUGAGGUCAUCCUGCCCAAUGACCAGUCCAUCAGCCGGGCUCAUGCUCACCUCACUGCUACAGAUCAGGCCCUGACCCUGAAGGACAGUUCUAAGUAUGGCACGUUUGUUAACGAGGAGCGUCUGUCAGGAGAKACCCCUCGCAGCCUGACGGCAGGGGACAGAGUGACAUUUGGGGUCUUUCACAGCAAAUUCAGUGUGCAGCAGGUAACUGCGGUGGUGUGCUCGUCCUGUGUUGAUAAUGAAGGGAAGGUCUCACUGUCUCAGACCCUGCAGCUUCUGGGUGGCCGGCUGACCAACACCUGGAAACAGGACUGCACUCACCUGGUCAUGCCCACUGUUAAAGUCACCAUCAAGACUAUCUGUGCUUUGUUGUGCUGUCGGCCCAUAGUCAAGCAGGAGUUUUUCACUGAGCUCACCAAAGCCCUGCAACAGAAACAACCACCUCCAAAAGCUGAGAGUUUCUUCCCAGAGAUAGACGAGCCCAGUCUGAAUAAGGAUGAGGUGGACCUGACCGAGAGGCCAGAACGUAAAGAACUUUUCACUGGCAAGACCUUCCUCUUCCUCAAUGCCAAACAGCAAAAGCGUCUGAGUUUGGCAGUGAGUUGUGGAGGUGGGAGGAGCCAGCUCUUGGAGGAGGGGUCUGUUCCUGUGUCACUCCUGGAAUCACCAUUGAGCUGUGUGAUCGGCAUGGCAACGGGAAACUCCCAAGCACUACUGCCCCACUCCACUAAGAAGUGGGCAGACUCUGUGGGGAAGAUUCUACAGAGGAAAGGUCUUCGAUUCAUCACAGAGUCUGAGAUCGGAUUGGCUGCCAUCUAUGUCAGCUGUGACAAGUACUGCAAUCCCUCCAAUCAGAUGGCUGACUCAGAAUCCAUGAGAAUGAAACCCACCAUCCCUGGCGCCACGCUAUCCCAGAAUGCACCAGUGGACGAGACGGUAAUGCCAGCGGCGUCUCAGAAUAUCACAGCCUAUGCUGUAAACACAGAGCCGUCACAGGGCAUCAGUGGGGUGGAUGUGGCUGGGGUGAGCGCAGUUGGAGAGACCCCUGAGAGGGACCAGAGCCGGYCCACCUCUCAUCUUAACCGAUCCAAACCCUCAGGCCGAGAGCUGGCCGGGACCUGCACAGUGGCAGAGACUAUGAUGUCAUCAUUCAGCGCCUCAGACAGCGCUGGUGGUGGCGGCUCGGACAGAAAAAYGGGAGAGCUACAACAUCCAGGUGGAGYGAAAGGUGAUGCUAUCACCAGAUUCCUGGCCACAGCCCCUCGGACCAACGGAGGAGUGCAGACGAUGUCCCCACAGAAGCGCUCCUCCCAGAAACAACAGGUCUCGCAGAAAGGUUCCCCCCAGAAACAGUCUGCCCUCACUAAUUUCUUCCAGCCUGUCGGCAAGAAAAGACCUCGGGAAGGCGAGGAGUCCCCUACUGUCCAAUCAGAGGCCAAGCUCUCCAGGAGGGAAGAAGACAAGGAGAAGAUGAAGAGGACAGUACCACAGCACUCAGAGACCUCCAACUCCACACACCCCCCCACAGGCAGGUCCCAGGGCCAACACAGCUCAGGUGCACAUCUGUUUCCAGGUCAGACUGAGGCUCUGUCAGAGGGGUUCUCCAACCCUGCCCAGCAGGGGCUCCAAUCCAGGAAGAGGAAGGAGAUGGAGGAGGAGACUAAAGGGGGUGGGGCUUCAGAGAUAGAGAUGYACGAACUGGAGUCCAUCAUGUCUGAGGACAUGGARGAAUCGGAUGAGCCUAUGUCAGCCAGUCAAGGCCAGCGGUUGAAGCUGACGGAACAGAGUUCAACCAAUCAAGGCCAGAGGUCUCAACUGARYGACAAGAGCUCAACCAAUAGAAAACAGCUCCUAGAGACAGUGGAACUUACCUCUGCCAAUAAGAAACAGCGGGUUUAUCCAGUGGAACCAAUCGCAGCRAAUCAUAGGUCAGGCUUGGAUMRAGAAGAGCGAUCGUCAGCCAGCAGACGACAGCAAGCGGAGCCUGUAGCUGAGGUCAWAGACGAAGAGGUGUCUUUCAUUGAGUCAAAACCUGUUAAUGGUGUGACCCCUGGUCAUCUGGAAGAGCCAGAGACUGAUGUCAAACAGGAAGCCUCAGGUUUAGGGGUGAGACUCCCCAGCAGACUUAUAGGGGUGGAGUUCAAAUCCCUCACCGGGCAACCGGCAAGACCUAAACCACGCCCCAUGGAGACGCACGGCAAUGUCAACAGGAAGGACUUUAAACGCUUCCGCAAGGUCCCAGUUCCCGGUGCCCAGGGUUUGCCCAACAUCAUCGGAGGGUCAGACCUGUUGGCCCACAACCGAGGCAAGAACUCUGAGCUGGAGGAGUGGCUGAGAGACGCAGCAGAGGAUGAGCGUCAGAACAAGAAAGAGGAGACUUUGGGAGAUGACCUCUUCAGGUACAACCCCAAACCCACCAAGAAAAGAUGAGAGCACCUGGCUGCAACAUGUGAAGCCCUGCAGACAAAUGUUCAUCUUAAGACACAGGAAGGGAUGUCAACACCCCAUGGAAUGUUUUGCGCUUCUAGAAUUCUCAGUUUGAUAGAACUGCCAUCUCCGCUCCACUAAUAAUGURCAUGAAUGGAUCUUUGAGGUAACUCUUGAUCAUUGUACUCAAAAUGAUCAAGAGGGGCCUGUCAAUGACAAAUAUUUAAACUGUUUUUGUCGGUGAUAGAUGUGGGCAGAAAUGUCUAACUUUCUAUGUACUGUACACUAAUUAUAUACCUUGAUUUAGUCACUGAUGGCUAGCAAUGUAAACAAAUAAAUAGGUGUUACGUUUUACGUUUCAAGAUUUUUAUUUGUUCAUAAUAAAAAAAUCAGUAUACAAAACAUUAACUCAUUUGAGUUGUACAAGAGAGGAGUCCAACUCUACCACGCACAAAGCAGCUUGUCUGUCUGUUGUGAACAGGAGAAGAGCGUGGGAUAUAUGUUGUAAGACAGUAGUAGAAAACCCUGGUUAGACCCCAGGGGUUGGGGAACCUGCUGRUUCCUUUUAUUAAUCAACCCCUAGUUAACCCUUCUCAUCAAGGCACCUACUGUGUAGAUUGGACAUGUAGGUGUAAUUAGCCAUAAGCCAAUGGUCUAUCUGGGGGCAAGGUUGAGUGACUACCACCACCUUACAUUUACACCUAUCCACUGAUUCAUCUUUUCAGGUCUGGAUGUAGUGCCUAGGGGCUGGUUAGUUUGGAAUACAGCAUAUUGACCAGGAACUGUCCAUACAUUUUCAGUUUGCUGAUCUUGUCAACAACCUAUAUUUUAUCCCAAUUCCACAAUUUGUUUCGUUUUUUCUUUUCUGCAAGCAGCUUCAGUCUUGAGGAUGACUGAAUGCGGAAAUAAACUGCAUAUGAAUACA